AUGAUUGGAGCCUCGAGAACACUGCUGCGCGGCGGCGCGCGUACGUUCCACACGUCGGCGAGGAGGAUGGCGGAUGCUGCGCCAUUGCCUGCGAGGCGACCCAUGGGUGCUUUUCGCGGAGGUCUCUUCGGAUUCCUCUUCGGAACUGUCCUCUCUGGCAGCGCUGUCUAUUCCUACCUCGUGGGAGAGUAUAAGGCCUCGAACGACCUGUUGACCGAGGACAUCUACACCCUGCAAGCCUCCGUCACUCGCCUCACGAACUACGUCCAGAACCUCGAGACCCGCCUACAAGAGAAAAAGAAAUAG